AUGCCCUCUUCUCCGCUUUCCGACCUGAAGUGUGCUCGUCAUCCAUCUACGACUCUUUCUUUCUCAAACCUCGUCUUAUUCAUAACAGCUGUGGCCGUUGUGGUCCGAAGUUUUCUUCAUGGCGCUAUCCCGCUUGCCUCCCAACAUGAUUCGGAUGAGGCAGCGAUUCAGAACCACUGCUGCUUCGACAGCAUUGAUGGCUCAGAGGCCGCCUUCGCCGCCGCGCCCAGGGCGCCGCAGAGUUCCCAGCGUCUCACCACGACGAUUGACGGGAACACGCAAUUCCCGCAGUUCCUGAGACGAACAGGAGGAGACAAACGACACUGGCCCGGGGCUCCCGCACAGAGCUCAGAGCACCUCAGCUACCUUACCUUUACCUUGCCUUACCUUAUCCGCGGAAAUGAUAAGGUACGGACAAGGGAGGUCCCAGCCCCCCGAGAGCCGCUUCUAGACUCUGGUGUGACAGAAGUUAUGAGCAUCGACGACGCAGGUUCGAGUCAGAAUCGGAUCCUUUGGAGACGGAUUGAAUUGCGUGGCCAAGUCGGAGGUAAAGGAAGCAAGGAAGCGGAGCAUCCCAGUAUCUACCUACGUUACACAUAUCUGAUCUCAGGACAUGCACAGCACAGAGCUGAUGCCUUGAGCACAUCAGGUGAGGUAGCUUCUCUCAAUGGUAAAAGAGAAAAUGGCCGAGACCCACUUGACACGGCACGGAAGCGCACCGCGGCCGUGGGAAAAGACGGAGCACAAGGAAGGAGGCGGGGCGAUGGGGACGGCAGGAACGGCAGGGAACACCACACGACGGGCGGCUAUGCUUUCCCUCAGGGCAGGCGCGGGCAGACAACCUGCCCUAAGGUGACCAGGCACCCCGACGGCAGGCACGUCCUCCGUUCUGUCCCCAUCACGCUCGUGGCUCGCUCACCUCUGUCUCCCUUUGCGCUCCUUUGGCUCCUUCCACGUCCCUUGCCGUUGGGACUGAGGUUACCUUUACCUUACUCUCCCGUCACACCCGGACCAUGCUCCGACACGACGGCACUGCAACCUGACAUCGUAAAUCAACCUACCCUCGAUCGACUCGGCAUUCUUUGGCUCCCAUCAAUGCUGCUCCAACAUCGUCUGUGGUUCUUCCCCCCGAUUUCUAGAAUCCCAUGUUUCGAAACACAAACUGCUGCCGUCGUCCCAGGAACUGCACCAUCCUGUACCCGUGCAACCCGCAGCAACACGCUCCUCUCAUCGACUCCCGGAACCACCAUCAAUCACCAUCAGUGCCAUCCAUUAGCAAACGCCAACGGCUUCACCAUCGAUAGCAUUGCCUCCUCCAUCAUCAGCACGAGCAUCAGCUUGAGCCUGCCUUGCAUUGCACCGCACGGCAUCCCACCUCCCUCAGCUUCUGCCUACGCCUGCACCCAGACGCACAGAGCCAACUCACGGCCGCUUCACCUGCCAAGUACUCCUCCCAGCGCCUCCGACGAGGAUUACGUGCCACCUGCUUCGCUGCAACCUCCUACUCCUCUUCCGCCCUGUACUUUCGUUUUUGCAGCUGUCAGGAUCUCAUGCUGCGUCAAGCCAGCCAAAUGGCUACUUACGCAACCUCUUCGACCUAAUGCACAAUCUCGAGGCCCCUGUCUUUCCUCGGACCUCCGUUGGGAAUCUUGGCGGUUCACUGCCAAGGUUGUUGCAGUAACGCCCAAAACCCAAGGCCACAGCACACCAAGGCCCACAUUCGGAUGCCGGAUCGACGAUACCCAUGUGCCGAGAUAUCUCUUCAUGUCUCCGACCAAGACGAUAACUCCACCAUUAUCAAAGCUCAACCGUCAAUCGCUAAUCGCCAAUCGAAAGACCCGGUGUCUAAGACGAACAAAUGAGUGCGAAGACAGCAACAAUACCCGAGACCUCGACACCGUUGAUCUCUCAUCGCACUUCCCUGCUAUUUGCAAGCCGCGUCUGCAGACCCCGUGCGACGUCACAAUGCCACAGCAGCCAUUAGGACCCAGAACGGCAAUAGCUCGCCAACGGGCGGCCGAUUGCGUCGAUCGUUCAGCCAGCAUACUGUCGCCAUACCCCAGGACUGAGGCGCAGAAAAUAGCAAAGCAGUGGCCAAACUCGCUUCGGUCCGGCAUCUACAUACGGCGACGAUCGUCCUCAAUAGUGUCUUGUGCCAUUGCCCCGCGGAUAUCUCCCGAGAAGCGAGACAGCCACAUACCAGAUUUGAUUGGUCCCCAAGUCCCGGAGUUGGGUCAGCAUCAUCCGAACGACACCAAGAACCUGACGCCUGGACGUAAGGUUACCAAGUCAGUCAUAGCGACCGUUGCUGAUUAG